UGAUAAAAAGUGUGCGUGGAAUAGCCAUAGGCCAUGAUACUUUGCUGGAUCUUCGCCAUCGGUAAAUGAUGAAACGGAAAUUCGGCGGUAAGCAGCCGACGGGUACUCCGUCAAUGGCAUGGUCGACGGUGGUCGUCGUUGUUUCACUGCUCACUGGUGCAUCCAUCGUGCAUAACAUCUUCAAGCCUGAUUUGACGCUACCUCCAAUUGAAAGUAUUAACGCGGAUAAAGUGCAACAGCCUGGCAAAGAAUGA